AUGAAGUGGCGCCGCACCUCGGGUCAUGAUCGGCGCGAACGCGGACAACACUUGCCUGGUGGCCGCUCUACACCGGCCUGUGAUCUCCUGCAUCUGGCUUUCCACUUCACGGCAGACGAUCUCCGCGAGUACAAGGACGCCCAAGGCAUUGAACCGACCUCGGCCAUCCCCCAAUCCAAAUUUCGGCCGUUCAUGCGCCAUCAUGUCAUGGAGCACGGCCUACCCUUACGUCUCGACGCGGCCACCAACAACAUCGCAACCCGCUCGGCCAACGGUGUGGUCUGCGGCGCGAUUUCCGCCACUGACGACGAGGGCCUCUACCUCCUCAUCACGACGGAGAGUGAUACCACGUCGACAUCCUCGACACGCUCCACCGGUCCGAACAUCAACUCCAACGUCUUUGCCGCCACAUUCCCAUCGGUCCGCCGUGGCAAACAAGCGAAGACGCAAAAGGCCUAA